AGCAAAAUCUGAAGAAGAAGAAGUGAAAAUAAAAAUUUGCGUUGUCCAUUACAUUGGUGAUAAAAUUUUACGCUUAAAAAAAAGUUUGUGUUUUAUCUGUGAAUAAUGUGUACCAUAAUCAGUCGCAUCAAUUGGAAUUGAUUCGUAAUAAUGAUCUGUUUGAAAUUGACCACGAUCCGAAAGCAAAUCAACAUUAAAGUGUUAUUGUGAAUCGUUGAAAAGAGUGUUAUUUAGUUUUCAUCUGUUUUGCCUAAGAAGCUAAAAUGGCGGAUAAUUCGACACAAAAUCGUCAGCGAUUUUCCAAAUUAGAUUUAAAUACAAAUCCAUCCAAUGACGAUUUAUCUGCUGAGAGAAGACUUCAAUUAAAGUUAAGUUUCCAACCAGAAAGUAUUAAAACGAUCAUAAAACCGCAAGCGUUGCCCGAAAGAACCAGAGGCGACCGGAUUCGUAUGCAAGCAUCUGGCAAAUUACAAUUUGGUCCAGAGGAAAAAUACGAUUUCACAUCCGAUGACUUGCAAGAUCUGGGCGAAAUUGGACGCGGUGCAUUUGGUGCGGUAAAUAAAAUGAUUUUCAAACGAACAAAUACCGUAAUGGCUGUGAAACGUAUUCGAUCGACGGUCGAUGAAAAGGAACAGAAAAUUCUGUUAAUGGAUUUGGAAGUGGUUAUGAAGUCAAACGAUUGUAAUUACAUAGUUCAAUUUUACGGAGCGCUGUUUAAAGAGGGUGACUGUUGGAUAUGCAUGGAAUUGAUGGACACAUCGCUAGACAAAUUUUAUAAAUUCAUAUGUGAUUUUCAACCGCUACAACAAAAUCAUCCAUCGCCACAUCCACCGCAACGCAUACCAGAGUCAAUUCUGGCGAAAAUUACCGUUGCAACGGUACACGCAUUAAGUUAUUUGAAACAGAAGCUGAACAUUAUACACAGAGAUGUGAAACCAAGCAAUAUUUUGCUACACGGACGUGGUGAUAUUAAAUUAUGUGACUUUGGAAUAUCGGGCCAGUUAGUCGAUUCAAUUGCCCGGACUAAAGACGCUGGUUGUCGACCAUACAUGGCGCCGGAGCGAAUAGAUCCGCAACGCGCCAAGGGCUAUGACGUACGUAGUGAUGUGUGGUCGUUAGGCAUAACCUUGAUGGAAGUUGCUACCGGAAAAUUUCCUUAUCCAAAGUGGGGCUCAGUAUUCGAACAACUGUACCAAGUUGUCCAGGGGGAGGCACCAAGACUUACAACGUCCUACAAUGGUAUGGAGUUUUCGGAUGAAUUUGUAGAUUUUGUAAAUACAUGUUUAAUAAAAGAAGAAUCGGAUCGUCCGAAAUACAGUAAAUUACUGCAACAUCCGUUCAUACAACGGGGUGAACGGAGUCACACCGAUGUAGCCGUUUAUGUUAGCGGCGUACUGGAAAACAUGGAAUACCACGGCAUCACAAUGUUUACGACAAACGAUUAUUUACCAGCACAGAGUUGGUUUGAUUAAAAUUGUGGACGGAAAUAUUUAUAGUGCGGCGCUUCUUUUGUUUGAAUUGCAGGACAGUGGACGUGUAGGCUUUAUAUUGAAAAGAUAGUAAUAGUAAUCGUAAAAAAGUGUUGAUCGUUUCUAACGAUUAGUUGGGUGAGUGAAACUUAAAUUUUUGUGUUAAACAAAAUGGAACGGAAAUGGAACGAAGGAAACAAAAUAUAUUUUUUGUGUGAAGAGAUUGAAACGUUUAACGUUCACAUUAUUUAACUAUCGGGACUCGUACGAUGCGUAUGUAAUUGAAAGAAUGAAAAUUCAUGGCCUUUGUGUCAUGCCAAUGCAAAAACAAUUUCCAUUAAUUAAACAAAAAAUAAUCAAAACUCACUCAUAGGUCAGCGCAGUCUGAUUCGCUUGCUCACCAAUGGUUCACCUCAAUUUAUUGCAUUUAAUUCCACAAAUCAUUUUUUCACGCUAGUUGAAUGUCUGAGGUAACAAACACUUUCUCAAAGGCGAUUUCGAUUUUAUACCACACGUACGGGUCUAGCAAUGAACGACCUAGUCAGUUAUAUUUGAAAGAAGAUAUACUUUUGCUAGAAUAGCCUGCUGUUACAAUCCACAAAGACAAGCAUUUUGAGAACUAGGUGCAGAUAGACAGUCUACGUUAUCGUCUACUUCCCCAAAGGCGGUAGAGGCAUAGCAUGAUUUUCUGGCUUCAUCUUUCGUCUCAUUCGCCGAACGGCCAAACAAAAACACAUUUGGUUACUUCAAAGGGGUUUUGCGCCAAAAACGUAAGGUGAAUGUGACAGAAGUGAAAUUUUGUACUUUGUAUCUAAGGAUUAGGAUCGGAAUGGAAAAGAACAUGGAAGAGAUUUGAAAAAAAAGGAAGAAAUUAGUUUUCCAAGAAAGCUCACAUUGUUCGAUUGAUUUUUCCCUUUACACUGUUUGCACUAAGAGAUGAAAUAGAAAAGACGCCACAACAUCUGUGAUAGACGGUGGUUGUGUAUAUGCGUGUAAUAGAGAAACUGACACAAAAAUUCUAACAACUAUCCAUUCGUUAAAUCAAUCGAACGUCAAUUGAUUGAAUGGUAAUGACAAAAAAAGGUUUUUUCUUUCCAUUUCUCUCACUCUUUUUCGCCAAAUCAACCAAAGUUCGAGAUAAAUUUCCAUCGGCGAGAAUGUCCCAUGGCAUUAGAUUGGCAUAAUUUUAUUAGUUUCUAUAAAUGUUAACUGUUCAAAUAAUACAGGGCGGUAGAAGCAAAAACACACA